GGAGGGAGGGAGGGAGGAAGGAGGAGCCGCCGGCGCCGCUGCCCAGGAUGCGAUGGGGAACUGCUGGGCGCGGGGGUGCUGCGGGCUGCUGCUGCGGAGGGAAGCCGGCCGGCUUCAGCGCGGCGGAGGAUCCAAGUAUUUUAGAACAUGUCCAACAGGAGAACACUUUACUAUAGAGUUUGAGAACCUAGUGGAAAGCGAUGAGGGGGAAAGCCCAGGAAGCAGUCACAGACCUCUGACGGAGGAAGAGAUUGCUGACUUGAAAGAGAGACAUUAUGACUCUAUUGCUGAAAAGCAGAGAGUUGUUGAUAUAAAACUUCAGUCAGAGUUAGCCUUACAAGAGGAGAAGUUAAGAAUAGAAGAGGAGGCUUUAUAUGCUGCACAACGUGAAGCAGCCAGGGCAGCAAAGCAGAAAAAGCUCUUGGAGCAACGUAGACAGCAAAGGAUAACACAGAGAGCACAUGCUGUUAAUAAUGGCGAAUAUCAGAGCUCCAUGGCAGAGGAAGAUCUUGAUGCUUUCUUAAGAAAUACCAAAUUCCAGUAUGAAGCUUUUCGAAGUAGUAGACUUUCAUCUGAUGCUACAGUGCUGACACCCAACACAGAGAGUAGUUGUGACUUAAUGACCAAGACAAAAUCGACGAGUGGAAAUGAUGACAGCACCUCAUUAGAUUUAGAGUGGGAAGAUGAAGAAGGCAUGAACAGAAUGAUUCCCUUGAGAGAACGCUCCAAGACAGAAGAAGAUAUACUCAGGGCAGCACUGAAAUUUAAUAGUAAGAAGACAGGAAGUAAUCCAGCUUCAGCCUCUGAUGAUUCUAAUGGAUUGGAGUGGGAGAAUGACUUUGUUAGUGCUGAAAUGGAUGAUAAUGGCAACUCGGAAUACGCCGGAUUUGUAAAUCCUGUGUUAGAUUUGUCUGCGUCAGGUGUAAGGAUAUCUGAUUUUGAUCAUCAAGACAGGUAGUGGAACUGUGUGGCUCUUGUUUGUGACCAAAUGUUGAAAAGUGAAAUGGAAUGUGCAAAACCAACUGCUCUUUUAUAACGUGGUUCCCUUUUUCUUAUAAAUUGAUUGGCAAGGAAUGGGAAUGACUUGCUCUCUGAAUUAAUUCAGAAUUAAGUGCAAUUUCAUCAUCUACCUUCUAAACUUUUAUGAAAACUGGGAUGAUUCUAUUGUGUAUAUUUCUGGAUAUCUGGAUUUAAUAUAAAAUAUCUGCACUAAUUUAAGCUUCAUAGCUUGACAUAUAUAUUUUAACUAGCCUUUUUUUCUGGAUGAUGUUUCUACAGAUUUUGUUUUUAAAAUUCAUCAUUGGCAUAACCUUUAUCUCAGAAACAGUCUUAUGUAAUUUAUCCAAUACUUGAAUAUAGAAAAAUAAUGUAAAAAAAAAAAUUCCAAUACGUGCUUUUUGACUUGUCUUUUAGCUGUUUAGAGGGUGUACUUAGCCAGCUUCAAAACAAAUUUCACACAUGGUGAAUUGCAGUUCUUCCCUGCCUAGCUUAUAGUCUUCCUAGCCUUGCGUUGUCCUCUCUUCAUUUUUUAUUACUUUAUGCUAAGCAAAGUUAACCUCAGUAAAUGUAGUACAAAUCAUCAGGUUAGUUAAGAUGCUGUCUUGUAUAAUAUGCCAGACUUAGUAAGUGUGUGCUAGGUAGAAAAACAACCAUAAAAAUUCUUCAAUGUGUCAAACUGGAAAUUUUAACCAGUACCUACUGGAGAACUGGGAGGACCAAAGUCUUGAUUUCCCUGCCCCUCUGGAGCAGACUGGCAUCUUCUACUACACAGUCCUUAAAAUUCUUCUAAGUGUGGAAAACUCACAGUUCAGCUCAACUAGAACAAUUCUUGAUAUGCAACAUUCUCUGAGCAAACUGAGUGAGGGGAGAUUGCUCCGCUGCUGGGGUGGGAAGAACAAGGACCUAAAGACUCAAUUCCUGUAUCUGCAUUUUAAAAAGGAAGAAAAAGGAAAAAAAGCUGAAGUUACAAAGCAGUGUGUUCAAGUGCUGGAGCUUUCCUGUGCCUCUAAACUGGAUGGUUAAUAUUGCAAAUAUGGACUGAAAUUCAAGGAGCUGUUCAGUUACUGCCAAUCUGAUGUAAUGCAUUGUGUGGUUUCCCCUGGUCUUUAAGUUAUACUCUUUUAUGAAAAGAAAAAGCUCACUGAAGAGAACAUGCAAAACACUUGUAGAACUCAAGCUUUCCCCAAAGUUUUAGUAAAGCCAUGCUACUCUCUUA